UAAAAUAUAUAGAUGUACAUAUAUAAAACGGGAGCUACGUUACGCUUCAACAAUUUUUGUGUUUUCUAACUGGCGGCCUUCAAUUUCCACAAAAUAGCGAUCAUUGAAAACACUUUCGAUUGUUAAUCUUCAGUUAGGAGCGAACCGCCAGCCCAUUUGGUUUACUGUUUUGCUGUAGUCCGAAAAUGCAGCUGCUUUGCUUGGGGAUUCUCGUGGGGCUGCUCCAGCAGCUGGCUGGGGGCGUGCAGGGCGCCAAGAUAUUGGCAGUUUUUCCAUUCCCCGGCAAGUCGCAGUACAUAUUCGCGGAGCAGUACCUUAAAGAGCUGGCCAGAAGAGAUCACAAUGUUACGGUCAUAAAUACUUUCGGCAGCCGGGAAAUGUCGCCGAAUUUUAGAGUAAUUGGCGCGACUAAAAUACACGAGAUAAUGGCAGCUUUUGGCAGUGCGGACUACAAUCAGCAGGCCAGCCAGUGGACAACGCUCACCAUGACCACGGAGUUCCUGAACGUGCUGACGAGCUGCGUGCUGGAAGAUGACAAGGUGCAGCAGCUGCUGCGCGGCGACGAGACUUUCGAUCUGGUAUUGCUUGAGACUGUGCAGACCGAGGCAUUGUUCGGUCUGGCGCAGCACUUCAAGGCACUGACCAUGGGCAUCUCCUCGUACGGCACAGAUCGCCACAUCGAUGAGCUGAUGGGCAACCUAUCGCCACUCUCCUGUAACCCCAUGCUCCUCUCGUCGCGCACCGAGCGCAUGAGCUACGAGCAGCGGCUGUGGAACGUGUGGGACGCCAGCCUGAGCUGGGUGCACAGGCGCCUGGUCCAUUUGCCCAGCCAGGAGCGGCUCUAUGCGAAAUACUUUCCCAAUGCCAGCCGCACACUGGAGCAGGUGCUGGACAGCUUCUCGCUGAUGCUGCUGGGCCAGCACUUCACGCUCAGCUAUCCGCGUCCCUAUCUGCCCAACAUGAUUGAAGUGGGCGGCCUGCACUUGCAGCACUCGAGAGAGCCUCAGCCGCUGCCCGACGACCUGGCCAAGUUUGUGGCUGAGGCCGAGCAUGGCGUUAUAUAUUUCUCAAUGGGCUCGAACAUCAAGAGCGCCGAUCUGCCCGUGGCCAGGCGGGAAGUGCUGCUGCAAGCCUUUGGCAAGCUCAAGCAGCGCGUUCUGUGGAAAUUCGAGGCGGAAGAGUUAACGAAUCGGCCAGCCAAUGUGCUCAUUAGCCAAUGGUUCCCCCAGCCGGACAUCCUGGCGCAUCCCAAUGUGAAGCUCUUCAUC